UCCUGGCUGAGGUUGGUUUGUGAUCUUAAUGACGUUUAGCUAGCAAGCCAUGUUUCUUUAACUAGCUUUUUCAUAAAGGAAGACAUUGUCGAUUAGUUAUUAUCAAUGUUGCACUGAUAGUCAUGCAGAACGAGGACCCUAAACCAACAUUUUACACUUGUAGUUGUUUCAACACAGACAAUAUUUUUCUUGAGGACUACAAACUCCAUGUCCGAUUCGUUACCGAGUCCCAGUUUAGAUCGAACUAUCAAGCAGUGCUGAGGACGCUUGGUUGUUCCACUGAUGCACAGUUUGAUGAUGUCCUGCACAAGAUAACUCUAGAAGUUGAAAGGCGCAGAAGCCUUGGUCUGAAGUCCGCUGACAGAGCUGCCGCCAUACGGAACAUCUACACACCUCUCCACAAACACGUUUACCUGCUGCAGGAAAACUAUUUGGCACCAGAGUUUAGACAGAUUGUAGACUAUUGUUGGUCUCAGGACGCCAGUGAAGAUGGACUUCUUGCCCUCAUACAGACCGAGACAGCCCAAAGAGUCUACCGCUUUCCUGUGUUCAAGAAAAGCUUUUGUGAGGAACUGAUAGAGGAGCUGGAGCAUUUUGAAGUAUCCUCAGCUCCUAAGAGCAGACCUAACACUAUGAAUCACUAUGGGAUCCUACUAAACGAGCUGGGAUUGGACGAAGGCUUCAUCACCGUUCUACGUGAACACUACCUGCAGCCAAUCACAUCUCUGCUGUACCGGGACUGUGGAGGACGACGGUUGGACAGCCACAAAGUGUUUGUGGUGAAGUACGACAUGCAUGAAGACCUGGACCUGAGUUAUCAUUAUGACAACGCUGAGGUCACCCUCAAUGUGUCGUUGGGGAAGGAGUUCACAGAGGGGAACCUUUACUUUGGGGACAUGAGACAGGUGCCGCUAAACGAGACCGAAUGCACGGAGGUGCAGCACAGAGUGGGCGAGGGGCUCCUACACAGGGGGCAGCACAUGCACGGGGCCCUGCCCAUCUCCUCCGGCCAGCGUUGGAACCUCAUCCUCUGGCUAAGAGCCUCAGAGGAACGCAACAGGCUCUGCCCCAUGUGCAGCAGGAAACCCACUCUGGUGGAAGCAGAGGGCUUUGGAGACGGAUUUACCAAGGACCCUCCACUGGAUACAUCCUGCGUCCUCACGUAAAGCCUUCUCAGUCUUUUAGACAAAUCCCCAACCCUGGUCAGAUCAUGUUGCGGUUUGUUGUGUGACAAGUAAGUGUGGUUUCUUUGUGCGACAAAGUGCCAAAGGGGGUCAAGGAGAGGAAAGGUUAGCAUGAAUGAAACUUCCCUCAUUAUUAGAACAGCUCCUGGAGGAACAGUGCAUAGCACAGUCACAUUUGUACUUUUGUUGUGUUUGUUGAUUGACAGUGUUUUAUUUGUAUUUUUUUUCAUUUGAGUUUAAUUCAGUUUUUUGUUUAAUUUAAUUUAGUCAAAUUGUUUCCUGAUGAUACUGUUGGUUUGUGCUUCUGCGGCUCACUUCAUGAUCAUAUACAUUUCAACAUUCAGAUAUAUGGGAUGCACUGUCAAAAUGUUAAGACUGUUGUAUUGAAAAGAUUCAGAAUAAAUACACAGAUGUAA